CAUCUACAAUUUUGGAUGGAAUCUGUUCGGCACCUAAAGCCAUAUCGGAUACUUCAGAAGAAAAAGCACCCUCUGGAAAACAAGGACACUCUGAGAACUGCUAUGAGCCUCCAGAGGGCUGUGAAUGAUGAAAAGGGAAAAGCCAGCUACAUGAAACCAGGUCUCUCUGCUUCACCCUCUCUCAUCAAAGCAUCAUCUCGAAAACCUUUUGGGGUCCUGUCUCCAAAUGUUCUGUGCAGUAUGAGCGGGAAGAAUCCUGUAGAGAGCAGCUUUAAUGUUAAAGCCAAAAAGAAUGUCCCUGCUGCCACGAUCCACCAGGGCGAAGGAGAAGGGCCGCUUGAUAUCUGGGCUGUUGUGAAACCAGGAAAUACCAAGGAGAAAAUUGCAUUCUUCGCAGCCCACCAGUGCAGCAAUAAAAUAGGAGCUAUGAAAAUAAAAAGCACCUGGGAUAUCGAAGGGAGAGCUAUUAAAAGAAGAAAAAAAUCAGGGGAUCUUAAAAAAGCCAAGAUACAUUUAGAAAAGAUGAGGGAAGUCAGCAGCAGGUGCUACCAGCCUGAGCCAUUUGCCUGUGGCAUCGAGCACUGUUCCGUACAUUACGUGAAUGACAGUGGAGAUGGAGUCUACGCCGGGAGGCCUCUGUCAGUUAUACAAAUGGUUGCCUUCCUUGAGCAAAGAGCCAGUGCUCUGCUAGCGAGCUGUGCGAAAAACUGCCCAAACUCACCAGCCAUUGGGAGGUUUUCUGGUCAAGCCAGAGGCAUACCCCCAACCCCUGAGCCCUUCUCUGACCCAGGAGCUUGUGAAGAACCCCUAGAAAGGGGAAAUCCUGAGGUUGGAGAACCACAAUGUGAACCAGUCCGUGUGCUUGACAUGGUAGCCAGGCUGGAGUCUGAGUGCCUGAAGAGGCAGAGCCAGCCUGAGCCUGGGAGCCUGUCACGGAACAGCAGCUUCCAUCGAAACGUGGGCAGAAUGUUGCUUGCAAAUGGCAGUGAGGCUGAUGAAGGCAGAACAAAAAAAGGUACAUUGGAAGUACCUGACACUCAGGUGAAUCCUGUGCAAUCUGUCUCUGUGGACUGUGGCCCUGCAAGAAUUGACCAUUGUUCUCCUACAGAGGACUGGGCCUGGGACGGUGUCCCUCAGGAUUAUCCCUCAUUGCAACCAAGUGUAAAUUUUUGCACAGGCAGAGUAGCAGUGGAGCUAGGUCAGCAAACUACCACAAAAAUGAGAAACAGGCAUGAUGUGGAAAUGUUAGAUGAGCUUGAUAGAUUACCUUUUUCUUCUCACACUUGUCCCCGAGCCACUGCAUUGUCCCCAGAUGCUAUUGUUUGUAUGAGUACAGAGCCUGUGCCACUCACUAAUCAAAAGCCUGAUCCGAGAACAAUCAAAUCUUUGUGCAUUAGCGUCAGUGUGUGCAAGUCAGAAAAAGACCAGUCUUCUAGCUUAAGCUCUCAUGAAGAACUGCUCCCAGGGAUGUUGUUCUUUUUGCCACCUGGUCAGCCUCAGUUGGACUGUUCCCAGUUGAAUGAGAGCAGAGCCCCAGGAUAUUCAGAGGGUAGCCAGCUUGAAGGCACUGCUAAGAACCACGCUGAGAAGAGAGGUCUUUCGACCGAGCCUUGUACAGUGCCAGCCUCUGCAAUGGAAAGCACACUGCCAGUGCUCGAAGCAUCCACUUGGAAGAAGCAAGUGUCUCAUGAUUUUCUGGAGACCAGGUUUAAAAUCCAACAGCUCCUAGAGCCUCAGCAGUACAUGGCAUGUUUGCCGCACCACAUUAUGGUGAAAAUUUUCCGGUUACUUCCCACCAGGAGUUUAGUGGCUCUUAAAUGUACCUGCUGUUAUUUCAAAUUUAUCAUUGAAUAUUACAACAUCAGGCCAGCCGAUUCACGCUGGGUUCGAGACCCACGCUAUAGAGAGGAUCCCUGCAAGCAAUGCAAGAAAAAAUAUGUGAAAGGGGAUGUGUCCCUGUGCCGGUGGCACCCCAAGCCCUAUUGCCAAGCACUGCCCUAUGGGCCUGGAUACUGGAUGUGCUGCCACCGGUCUCAGAAGGGUUUUCCUGGCUGUAAGCUGGGGCUUCAUGACAAUCACUGGGUCCCUGCCUGCCACAGUUUUAACCGGGCAGUACAUAAGAAAGCACGAGGGAGUGAGACUGAAGAGGAAGACUAAAGGAGAAACACAGAAUACCUAGAUAAAAGAGAGUGUGGUCUCAGACACGGUAGGAGCACCUGCACCUGUUUCAUGAGGACUGCCAUUUAUCAGUCAUUUUUUAAGCUCUCUCAUUUACCAGCUGUACAAGGCUGGUAUUGUGAUUUUAAAGGGUACCCUCGCACUUGAUUCAAGGGGUGACCAUGCUUGUUUUUUUCCAGCCUCAAAGGAGGAAGACCUGCUGCCAUCAAAGAUUCCAAGUUCACUAAAGGCCCUGCUGGCAGAACCCAAACAGGGCUUCCAAGAAUGUUCUAGCACUAGCACCAUAUUUUAAAUAAGUAAAUAGUACCCUAUGAGAAUAGCAAGACCCCUGGAUGAAAAGUUUGCCUAAAAGGAAAAGUCGGGCACCUUACCUUAGACCUCGUAUGCUUGAUCCUGUGAGAUUGGUGUUGAUGGGUAGAGAUGGAUUUCAUGCCCUGUGGUGUUUACAGUGUACAUAA